AUGGAUGUUCGUUUGUUUCUUUUCCUUAACAGGCAAGCGAAUGAAGAAUAUCAAGUGCUGGCUAAUUCAUGGCGAUAUUCGUCUGCUUUUUCAAACAAACUGUUUUUCACAAUAGUGGAUUAUGAUGAAGGGGCAGAUGUUUUUCAACAGCUGAAUAUGAACUCUGCUCCGACUUUCAUGCAUUUUCCUCCAAAAGGUAAACCCAAGAGAGCUGACACAUUUGACCUGCAGAGAAUCGGAUUUGCAGCUGAGCAGCUAGCUAAAUGGAUAGCUGACAGAACAGAUGUACAUAUUAGAGUGUUCAGGCCUCCUAACUAUUCUGGUACAAUUGCACUGGCUCUUCUGGUAUCUCUUGUUGGUGGCUUGUUAUAUCUGCGAAGAAAUAACUUAGAGUUCAUCUACAACAAAACUGGCUGGGCCAUGGCAGCUCUGUGUGUUGUAUUUGCUAUGACAUCUGGUCAGAUGUGGAAUCACAUCCGUGGACCACCAUAUGCACAUAAAAAUCCUCAGAAUGGACAAGUGAGUUACAUACAUGGAAGCAGCCAGGCUCAGUUUGUUGCAGAAUCGCAUAUUAUUCUUCUGCUGAAUGCUGCUAUCACCAUGGGAAUGGUACUCCUAAAUGAAGCUGCUACCUCCAAAGGGGAUGUUGGAAAAAGGAGAAUAAUAUGUCUGGUAGGCCUGGGUCUGGUGGUCUUUUUCUUCAGCUUCCUGUUGUCAAUAUUCCGCUCCAAAUACCAUGGCUACCCAUACAGCUUCUUAAUUAAAUGAAUUCAAGAGGGAUUCAUUUAGAGCUGCUUACCGUGAAGAUAAGCUAAAACUGGUAUUCUUUGCCCACCAAUGUUACAUAUAUUCAAGAAUCCUUUGUUGGUUCAUCUGUUUUUGUGAUAAUUUAUAUAGUAUGCUGAUAGAGAAGUGAAUGCAGUUUUAUGCAAUGAAUGCGUAAUUUGUAGAAACAUACAGUAAACACCUCAUUGGGAAGUGCUAAAAAGUUCUGAAUAUAGUGUGCUUAAGAAUUUAAAUAAAUUUCAUUAUAAUGGGC